AUGCCAGAACCAUCCCUGUGUGACAAGUGGUUCAGGAGAUAUGAACUUGAGAAGUGUGUCCUUUUUUUCUGUCUUCCAGUGAAGCUGAAUGGAGGCAGACACGUGCAGGGCAUCCUGCGAGGGUUUGACCCCUUCAUGAACCUGGUGGUGGAUGACUCUGUGGAGAUGGGGCCAGGAGGUCAACAGAACGUCAUCGGCAUGGUGGUGAUCAGAGGAAACAGCAUCAUCAUGCUGGAGGCGCUGGAACGAGUAUGAGAGAGGCGGGGAGUGUGCUGUAGACGCAGAAGAGAAAGAUCCACACCGUUUUACAUUUUCUUUUCACUUUUAGUCACUUGUCUGUUUGAAAGAGAUGUCUGAACUCCACUGGCAGGCGUGUUUAUUAUCUUCUUUUUUUUAGUUUGAUUUGUGUGUUCUUGUGAAUAAAUGAGUUUCUCUUUGUA